UUCCCCGAACCGCACUCAGUGACUUUGCGUGCCCCCGCGUCAUCGCCUCCCCCGAGGCGCCUUGCUGGUCGGCGGAGUAGGUGGCCAUGGGGAGCCUCCGCGGCCUGCGCCUGGCGGCGGGAAAUUGUUUCAGGUUAUGUGAAAGUGAGGCUUCCUCAUCUCUGAGGCUUACCAGAAACUCUGAUUUGAAGAGAAUAAAUGGAUUUUGCACCAAACCACAGGAAAGUCCAAAACCUCCAUCCCACACUUACAGCCACAGGGUGCCAUUGCACAGACCCACGGACUGGGAGAGGAAGAUCCUGAUAUGGUCGGGUCGCUUCAAAAAGGAAGAUGAGAUCCCAGAGACUGUCUCGUUUGAGAUGCUUGAUGCUGCCAAGAACAAGAUGCGGGUGAAGAUCAGCUAUGUAAUGAUUGCCCUAACAGUGGCAGGGUGCAUCUUGAUGGUGAUUGAGGGCAAGAAGGCUGCCAAAAGACAUGAGUCUUUAACAAGCCUGAACUUAGAAAAGAAAGCUCGUCUGAGAGAGGAAGCAGCGAUGAAGGCCAAAGCAGAGUAGCAGAGGACUCCAUGUUGGCUGGCUUUGAAAAUCCAGGAAUGUGUCAUCAACAAGCCUGUAUGAAAAAGAAUGUUGGUAUGAGGAUCCAUUUCAUAAAAGAAUGGUUUGUGCAAACAUACCAUUUCCCUAUUUGCUCUAGAGGUACAAAUAAAUUUUCUUAACUGACUUGUCUAAUUUCAUGGCUUUGGUCCAAGUUAAAUGCAGACUCUCAGCUUUUUUGAUAAAAUGAAAGAAAUGAAAAAUGAGACAACUUAUUUCAACUUUAAUAUUAACUGUUUUUUAGAGUCAGGUUCUGUAUCUUACUUUAAUUCCCAUUACCAAAAUGACUUCUCCCCAGAAGCCAAAAUGGCUUUUCUGCAUUUCUCUCUCUCUCUUCUUUGUAUUCAUUUCUGGAGAGAGAAGGAAGGCCAGCUGAGUACACUGCCCAAGUGCAACUUAAAGAGCUGACCUCAAGUGCCAUGGUUCUUCUCAGAGCCCUAGAAAGCAGACUGACUACACUUUGCCAUUCUGGGGUGUGCUGGCAGACAGAGCUUUUAGGAGCACAGUCCUUGAAAAUGUCCUGGCAAGGUGAUGAGAGUGAUCUGGCCACAGGUUUCUGAGGACUUUGAAAUCCAAGCAUCAUGGAGUUGCUUGGGGCCAGCAGUCACCUCCUCUGCUCCAUGGCUUAGAAUUCCCAACUGGUCCUGGUCCUGCUGCCUUUACACUAAACUCAAUUAUGAAAGUCUAUCAAAUGCAUUUUCUUAUUAGUGUUGAAAGAUAAACAUUUGCAUCUGGUAUGUAUCUCACUUUGGGAUGCCAAGUUGUCUCAUAUUUAGGUGUGGAUACUGGUUUCUGUUUUAAGUAUUUCAUUUAUUCUCUCACAAAUAAUAGUGGGUGACAAGUCCUCACAGCCAUCUUAACCUGCUAGGUCUCCUAAGAGGGUUAUAACAGAUUAAAAAGCAGUAAUUGCAGCUGUUUGGGAACUUGGUUUAAUAAAAUACUCAGUAAAAUGUAA